CCAGUCCUAACUCGUGUUUCCUUAUCCAGAUAUCGAUCGAGACCAGUGAACCGAACGACCCCGACGGCUUGGAGCAGGAGACUCGAAUUCCAGCGUUAAGGACUGACCACCUGAACAGCAGUCUAGCAAUACUCUUUUCCCGAACAUCUUGCAAUUUCCGCCAUCACCAAACAUCGUGACCGAUGGCCCGUGGACCGAAAAACCCUAAACCUGUCAGGCUACAUUAACCGAUGCCCAGAUUGGCGUGCGAGGGAUUCCCUGGCAUCGGAGGACAGCCGGGCAGCUCCCAGUGCGUCAUCAGGCGCGGACAAGUGUCUCUUGCGUCGAUCCAUCAGCCGCAGGCGCUGGGCCGUGCCUGGCCGGGCCCGGCUCAGUCAGAGGCGCCGGUAAUUUUAGCCUUGAUGCGCCAUCGCGCCGACGGCUUAAAGGAGCGACGCGCCCGCGCCCGCUCAGUGACCACCCGGUGCCGGUCGAGAGAGGGUCUCAGCGGCGCACGGCUCGAGCGGAGGUGCGACCGAUUGACAUACGACAGCAGCGCAGUGUACCGCGGUGGGAAGUUAUUGCUCAGUACAUACAGGUGCUUGCACUCUCGCCAGCCACGCUUAAUUAUAUAGGAAGAGGAAGAGGUAUGAGAAAAACGCACCGCGUGAUCUUCUUCCUUCUGGUGGCGUUCUGGUGCGACAGCGGAGCGCGUGCGCAGGAGGCGUCCUCGCCGGCGGCGGCCGGCGGUAGCCAUGGCACCCCAUCACCGUCCCCUGUGCCGCCCACGGUCACGCCACACGGCGAGCAGUGCAGCAAGUUCGUGCUGGAGACGCGUGCGGACCGCUCGGACCGCCAGCUGCGCGGCGUACAGCCCACCGUCAGCAUGGCGGAGGCCAUUGCCGUGUUCGCCGGAGUCGGUGUGUUCGCCUCCUUGAUCGCCUACGGCUUCCACAUGGUGAGGAAGCACAUCUACCACGACGCCGACAAUCUGGACACAGCGUUCGACGCCGGCGGCAAGGUGUCGAUCGGCCUGACAGCCACCACGAUCGUGUCACAGUGGACUUGGUCGGCGACGCUGCUGCAGUCGUCGACCGUCUCCAGUCUGUACGGCAUCAGCGGCCCCUACUGGUACGCUGGCGGCGCCACCAUCCAGAUCAUCCUCUUCGCCAUCCUCUCCAUCCAGCUGAAGACGCGCGCGCCCGGCGCCAAGACGUUCCUGCAGGUAAUCCACGCGCGCUUCGGUCCGCGCACGCACCAGGUGUAUUGCCUGUUCGCCUUCCUCACCAACCUGGUGGUGAUGAUGUCACUGACGAUCGCCGGCACGGCCGUACUCAACAGUCUGGUGGCCGACCUCAGCACGGAGAUGUCGGCCAUGCUGCUGGCCAUAGUCAUCGGCGGCUACACGCUGAUCGGCGGCCUGGGCGCCACCUUCUACGUCUCCUACUUCAACACGGCGCUCAUCUUCAUCAUGAUCCUGAUGCUGGUCAUCGAGGUGUACUACGACCCUAGCGGCAACCCCAACAACCCUUUCGGCAGCUCCGAACGCCUCUUUGACUUUGUAGAGUGCUGGCCCGGCCCGGCCGGCAACAAGGACGGCAGCUACCUGACGUUUCUCUCCUCGGGUGGCUUCAUCUUCGGCAUCGUCAACAUCGUCGGCAACUUCGGCACCGUAUUCUGCGACCAGGCGUACUGGCAGAGCUCAGUGGCGGCCAAGCCGCUGCAGGGUGUCUGGGGCUUCAUCCUUGGAGGCCUCACUUGGUUCGCCAUUCCCUUCUGCCUGGCCACCACGCUGGGCCUGUCCUACCUGGCCAUGAGCUCGGCGCAGGGUGCAGCCCUGCUUUCAGACAAGGACGUGUCGAAGGGCCUGGUGGCGCCGAUAGUGGCGCAGGUACUGCUUGGCCGCACCGGCGAGUACGCCAUUCUCUUCCUGAUCCUGAUGGCUGUCAUGUCGACCGGCUCUGCCGAGAUCAUCGCUGUCGCCUCGAUCGUCAUCUACGACGUCUUUCAGAUCUACCUGAAGCCAUUCCGCAGCGAUCUAGCCCCGGGGGAAUGUAUCCUGUGCGGUCACAAGGUGCGUCCCACCAGCGACGACCCCAAGCGCUGCACGUGCCCCUCCAUGCAGCGCUGCUCCGUCUGCCAUAAGGAUAACGUGGCCCGCAGCAAGGUCGACGGACUGGUGAAGCCCCACUUCACCUGCACCAUGCACGGCCAGUACCGCGAGUACCAGGAAAAGCUGCUCUACUACAAGAACUGGAGCAUCGUCUGGACGACGUUCAUGUCGAUCCCGCUGUGCAUCUUCUGCUGGGCGGUGGACCUGGACCUUGCGUGGACCUACUACUUCACCGGCAUCCUCAUCUCGUCGACCGUCGUCCCGAUCGCACUCUCCAUCCUCUGGGUGCGCGUCAGCGCGCGCGGCAUGAUUGGCGGCGCUGUUGGCGGCUGCAUCUGCGGUAUCACCAGCUGGCUGGUCUACGCCUCCACGUACCCGGGCGGCCUCAGCGACUUCGUGGUCAACACGGGCCAGCAGCUGCCGAUGCUGAUCGGAAACAUCGUCUCUGUGUCGGUGGGAGGCAUGGCGUGCGUCGCGCUCUCGCUGCUCGACAACGUGAACAUGACGGCUGCCGAGAUGGAGCACGAGUGGGAGAAGACGCGCGACAUUGACAACCCGCUGACGCCCUGGGUGUUUGUCUACCGCGACUGUCUCAACCUGAGCGAUAUGUCGCAGGCCGCCAGCUACCACGAACGGCCCCCCAUCGACGGCAUCGUCCGGCGCUUCCGACUGGCCAAGCGGACGGCAUUCGUAGCCGGCGCGUGCUUCACGCUGCUGUUCGUCGUUGUCUGGCCGGGCAGCAUGAUCGCCGCGCACCCGCUGGACAGUGCCGGCUUCCUGGCCUGGACGACCCUCUCCAGGGGUUGGGGCUUCUUAGCGGCUGCCUUCAUCAUUAUCGUGCCGCUGGUACAGGAGCUGGUCGCCAUCGUCAGCCAGUGGCGUAAGAACCAGUGCGCGCCGGUCGUCAGCACACCUGCAAUCCGCUCGCUGCAGGACGCCGAGGUUGUGGAAAACGGCGCGACCGCGGGCCGCGCCGCCAGCGACGCGCCGUUGGCCGAAAACGGACACGUGAGGGCGGCCGAGUGACGCGCCCAGGGCGUUCCGCCCGUUUUGGCGGCUGGCCUGCCGGCCCCGUCGGCGCCAUCACGCGUGUGCGACGCGUUCUGGUUUUUAUGUGUGUACGGUAUGAAUAAACACAUAGCUGCUGUGCUAUCAGGCCGUUUCAGCUAAGAUAUUGGUGUCGUACUCAGUGCAUUUUCUAGUAUCGUGGGAGAAUUGUCGAUUCCAAAGGAUAGUUCUUGCCAGCGCCAUGCCCAUGAUUAUACGCAUGUUUACAAAUGGAAGACUAUUGACGGCGAUGUUUAUAGUACAAACUGUGCAGUACGCUUUUUGUUAGGAUGCCAGUGGAAAUGUCUUUUGCAUAAUUUUGUACAAAAAUGUGUGCCGCA